AUGAUGUUCAAGUUGAUGGUGGCCCUGAAGAUUUCGGUGGUGAACGGUGAUUUGACCAGCGAUGAUGUGAUGCUCUUCCUGAAGGUGGAGAAGGAUUGCCCCUUCAGCAAGUGGAUGAACGAGAAGGUGUGGCUGAAUGCGAUCCAACUGACGCGCCAUGGCUUUGGCCCCGGGCAGAACCCCCUCUUCCGAGAUCUCACGGAUUUGCUUCAGAGGAACGACAUCGGUUGGCGAAAGUGGUUCGAUGAGAGCGAACCAGAGAAUUGCCCCGUGCCGGAGUACGAAGAUCGGAUUUGUGUCCUUCGAAAUCUUGGGCCUUUCAUCCGAUUAGCGUUGGUGCGAUCCUUACGGGAGGAUCGAGUUGGCAUUGCCUGUGCCCAAUUCAUUGACCAGCAGUUGGGCUCCAAGUUCACCGCACCAAUCACAGACACCAUCUUCGAAGUCUACCAGGAGUCCGGCGCUCGCAAACCGGUGCUGUACCUCCUGUCCGCGGGCACGGACCCAACCAACAUGAUCGAUGAGCUCGCGAAGCGGAAGAAGAAGUUCCCCACGGACAAGGUCUCCAUGGGAGAAGGGCAAGAGAAAGUGGCUCGGGAGAAGAACAAUGCAGCCUUCAUCUCUGGCGGAUGGCUGGUCUUGCAGAAUUGUCAUUUGGGCAUCGAUUACAUGAACGAGGUGGAAGAGACCUUGAUGAAGACGCCUGAAAUCCAUCAAGACUAUCGUUUGUGGAUCACCUGCGAAAUCACCAGUCGCUUCCCCAUUGGCUUGCUUCACUUGUGCAUCAAGGUGACUCAAGAGCCGCCCGCAGGCUUGAAAGCAUCCCUUCAUCGCACCUACACCACGAUGGUCACACAGGAAACCUUGGAUAAGGUGGAUCACGAGAAGUGGCGAGCACUCCUCUAUGCCAUUUCCUUCCUGCACAGCAUCGUUCAAGAGAGACGGAAGUUUGGGCCUAUCGGAUGGUGUGUGCCCUAUGAGUUCAACAAUAGUGACCUUGAUGCUUCCUUGCUCUUUCUGGAGAAGCACCUCUCCUCAACCAUCAUGGUUGGAACACCACUCUCCUGGAAUACCAUUCAGUACAUGGUGGCGGAAGUGCAGUACGGAGGACGGAUUACCGAUGACUUGGAUCGGGAGCUCUUCAUCACCUAUGCUGCGCGCUGGCUUUGUGACGAGAUGUUCAAAGCGUCCUUCGCAUUCAAUAGCUACAACUCGGACUACCAGUACAAGAUUCCGGAGGGUUUAGACAUGAAUGUGUACCGAGACCAUAUUGAAACCAUCCCACCGGUGGAAUCGCCCUUGAUCUUCGGGCUGCAUCCCAAUGCGGAUAUCACUUACCGCUUGAAGGAAGCAUCGGAGAUGCUCACGACCAUCAUCGAGACGCAGCCCAAAGACACCAACGCGAGCGUGGGGAAGUCCAUGGAUGAGCAGGUGAAAGACCAGUGCUCAGAUCACCUGGAAAAGAUGCCUCCAGACUUGGUGGAGGAGGUCUUCCGUGCACAGAUUCACCGCAAGGAUGGCUUGAAGGGCAGCAAUGAGCGGGGGUUCAAGGCGCCCUUGAACAUAUUCCUCUUCCAAGAGCUGCAGCGCUUGCAGCACAUCAUCGGUAUUGUCCGUAUGAGCUUGGAGAAUCUCAUCAUGGCUAUUGAGGGCACAGUGGUGAUGACGGUGGAUUUGUUGGAGGAUUCGAAUUGCGUCUUCGAUGGGCGCGUACCUAAGAGGUGGACCCAUGACGCCUCCGGUGCUGAAAUCAGCUGGUUGCUCCCCACCUUGGGUGGCUGGUGCACCGGGCUCACCGAUCGGUAUACUCAGCUGAUCUGGUGGCUGGAGCACGGGCGGAAAGACUGGAAGUCCUUUUGGAUGACCGGCUUUACCAAUGCGCAGGGCUUUCUCACUGGCAUCCGCCAGGAGGUGACCAGGCAACACAAGAAUCAAAACUGGGCGCUGGACGACGUGGUGACGCACACGGAGGUCCUCCCUUUGGAGUUCGCGGACCGCGCCCACCCACCCGAGGAGGGCCAGAACAUCCACGGUCUCUUCAUCGAAGGUGCUCGCUGGAAUCGCUUGGACGGCCGGCUGGAGGAAUCUGAGGCGAAAAAGCUACAGAUGAACAUGCCGGUGAUCUACAUCACUGCAGUGGAGGUGAAAAGCAAAGGCAACGCAAAUGCGGGGCAAAGCUAUCCUCCACUCAACGCUGCCGUGUAUAAGUACCCGCGCAGAAAUGACAGGUACUUGAUUUUCAGACUCUUCCUGAGAUCUGGUGAUCAUCAUCCGCAUCACUGGAAGCUUCGGGGGGUCUGCUUGGUGGCGCAGACAGACUGA